AUGGCGGCGGCGGACGUGGAGUACCGUUGCUUCGUCGGCGGGCUGGCCUGGGCCACCAACAACGAGUCCCUGGAGCAUGCCUUCGCCUCCUACGGCGAGAUCCUCGACUCCAAGAUCAUCACCGACCGGGAGACGGGGAGGUCCCGCGGGUUCGGCUUCGUCACCUUCUCCUCCGAGCAGUCCAUGCUCGACGCCAUCGAGAAAAUGAACGGCAAGGAGCUCGACGGCCGCAACAUCACCGUCAACCAGGCCCAGUCCCGCGGCGGAGGCGGCGGCGGCGGCGGCUACGGAGGCGGCGGUGGCGGCUACGGCGGGCGCCGUGACGGUGGCGGCUACGGAGGCGGCGGCGGCGGCGGCGGCUACGGUGGCGGCGGCUACGGCGGGCGCCGUGACGGUGGCGGCUACGGCGGCGGUGGCUACGGCGGUGGCAGCCGCGGUGACUCCGGCGGCAACUGGAGGAACUGA